AUGGCUGCGAUCCCUCAAGCUGUCGACCGCGACACAUAUCAAAAACACAUCAACCAGCUCCGGGUCCGCGAGAAAGCGCACACCCGCGAGGGCGAUGCUAUCGCUGCUGCCCGCCGACGGCUCCCGAUGGUAGAAGUGGACCCCGCUACGCCGCUGGUCGGGGCUACGGGCGAAACUACGCUCAUUGACGCCUUCGAGGGCCGCACCCAGCUGUUCGCCUCGUAUCACAUGUGGCACGCGGGCCUCUCUGCCGCUGACCAGUGUGAGGGCUGCACCUUUAACACCGGCCAGGCGCUGGAGCUGUCGUACCUCCACUCGCGCGAUGUGACAUUCGCCGUCUUCUGCCAGGGUCCCUACGACGAGAGUAACCGAUACCGCAAGUUCAUGGGCUGGGACAUGCCAUGGUACUCUAUCCCCGAGCGCUCGUACGGCCGCCUCGCCAUCAAGAGUCCCCAUAACUUCGGCAUGAAGGCCUGCUACCUCCGGGACGGUGGCCGCGUCUUUGAGACUUAUUGGACUACUGGCCGUGGCUGCGAGCCCAUGAGCGGCAGCUACGGCAUGCUUGACAUGACCGUUUUUGGCCGCCAGGAGCCCUGGGAGGACUCGCCCGACGGCUGGCCGAAACGGUUCCGUGGUGACAGUGACCAAUUCCGAACCGAAGAGGGCGAGACUUCGACAGUCCGGUCGGGCAUCAUCGGCCGGCCGACUCCCCAGUGGGCCCGCCUCGCCGCUGGACACACCGACGAUCUCGGCCCCGCCGCUAGCGCAGCCGAGCAUCAUUACCAUUGA